AUGGCCUCUGAAAUGCCUACUUGGAAUCCUCCUGUAUCACCACCGCCACGACAGGAUAGAGAGCAUAAGCAAAAAUUGCGGUCUGCUUGUGACUCGUGUCACCAAUGCAAGGUCAAAUGCUCAGGAGGCUCUCCCUGCUUUCGCUGUGCAUCGAAGGGCCUAUCUUGUCGCUACGGCUAUCAAAAUAGAGCAGGAAAGCCCAAGGGCUGUAAGAAUCGCAAGACAAUCGAAAGGGCGCAUCGGCAGCAGCGACUGGAAUGGUAUGCUGCGAAUAACCCGCAGCCUUGCGAUCCUGACCGAGGGUUCGAGGACAUGAACUUUGAUAUAUCCAACCCCUUGACGCUUUUUCCUGUCACGUCUGGCUCCCCUGAAUGUUGGAAGCCGACAUCUAUGACCGAUCGGUCGCUCUCCCCACCUAUAGCACCUGCCAGCCAAAGUAUUAAACCUGCUGAUAUGACAGGUGAUGGUCUGCCAUCGUUACAUGACCUGGAUUCCUGGGCUAUGGACCUAGGCUCGAUUAUUGAGGCAUCUGGUGGGAGCAGAGCAGAUAGCCUCGAAGCUCUCGCCACCCCAAUAUCAUUCGCUAAAGGCGAGCUCUAUAUGGACCAGGGUACUGAGCCAAACUCACCUGCAACUUCGGAGCAUCAGCCAGGCCAUACUGCAUCUCUAGGUUUUACGGGAAACGCCUGUGCCUGCGUUCAGACCCAGGCAACAAACAUAGCUGCUCUGCAUAAACUUACCUGCCGUGACAUAUCUGAUCGAUUUGAUCUGGCCAUGAAAUCAGUAACUUCAACCCUGGACACCUGUGAACGCUUCAUUGCCUGUGGCGCGUGCGACAAAUCGUUUCCCUUGAUUCUACUCACCUUUUCGGCGAUAGAACUUAUCUUCAAACUGUUUGAGCUACUCACAAUGAAUAACCGCAGUGUAAUACCUCUAGAAGAGCACCACCGCAUUUCGUGCUGCCUCGGUGAUUACAAGGUUAGCAAGGAAGAAGGGCAGGCGAUCCAGAAUGUCCUCCUUAAGAUGAUUCUGUCAAAGGGUAGGCAGACCCUAGAUGCGCUACAGAACCUGGUCAACGAGCCCUUGGAGCCCAUUAACGAGCCAUCUGGACAAUAUGAAUCUUCCAAAUCAGAACAAACUAGUGCUAUACCCCAAAGUAUUUCUCGAAACCUGUCUGCUGUUGAUCAAGACUACAUGAACCAAUGUAUAAGGCGCAAGAAAGAAGAGGUAGAAGCUCUAAUGACCACGGUUGUCGUGUAG